AUGAAGCUGAUUGAACACUUCGCCGACAGUCAGCAGAAACGUUUGCAGCUCGUAUUGUCUGAUAUGCCGCUUGGUGACAUGAAACCGAGCCAACUUUUCAACGAAAUGAGGAGAGUGGCUGGAAAUUCGUUUUGUGAACACGUGCUGCUCGACCUAUGGGCCUCCAGACUUCCACCGCAUGCCCAAGCAGCCGUGAUUGCCUCCAAAGGGGACCCGACAGAAAAAGCUACCAACGCAGAUGCCAUCGUGGAAUCUAUGGGCCUUCGCAGCAUCAACACCAUCGAUGCGAGCGCACCGAGCACAUCAGCAGCGACCGCUAAAGUUGUAACAGAAUCGCCUCCCGACAGAAUUGAAACGCUCCAGCGGGAAAUCGCUCAACUGACCAGGAUGAUCAACAAAAUGUUCCGCUCAAACGAAAACCCACGGGAGCGAUCACGUUCCCGCAGCCGAAGCAAAGUGAGUAAAUUUCGUGAUAAUGAACCGUCCUAUGAAGUCUGCUGGUACCACUCUAAGUACGGAGGGGAAGCACGACGGUGCCGUAAACCGUGCUCCUUCGGACUAGCAACCUAG